AUGAAUGAUCUCAAUCAAAGGGCUUAACCAUGUAUUAUGAUCGUUGAUGAUUAACAAAUAAAUAUUUUGGCUUUAAAAUUAAUAUUAAAGCGUAUUGGAAUAGAAGAAAACAAUAUUAUACAAGCAAACAGCGGCUAAGAAGCUUUGUAAUUGCUUGAAGAUAACAAAAACAUAAAAAUUAUCUUUAUGGACAUUGAGAUGCCCGUCAUCAAUGGCUUUUAAGCUACUCAACUCAUUAAGAACCGUAAAUAAAAGUAAUCUGUUAAAGAGCAAUAAUAAAUUAUCAAUAUUAUUGCUUAUACAAGUCUCAAUGACGAUGAAACAAUAUUAAAAUGCAAAGACGCUGGGAUGGAUUAUUAUUUAGAAAAACCAUGUAGUCUAAAUUCAGUUUCUAGUGUUAUCUAAAAUUAUUACUUUAUAUGA